GUAGGCAUUACCUUGAAACCAAAUAAUGCACGUUAAUUGUGGCACAACUAGCCAACUCUUCAUUAAACGUGACAACAAGUUACCAAAUUAUAAAAGCUUUAUAAUUCAGCUAUAUUUACCCCUAGAAUUCAUACAUUUUCUUCAAACAACAAAAAAUCAAAAAAAUAAUAAUUCUAGUUUAAGUGUUAAAAGAAGAUAUGGCAAGAGUGAAAUCUUCAACGGUAGCACUAGCCCUUGUCCUCCUUCUAAUGACCCUUGUAGGGGAUUGUUAUGGCGCCCUUGAAUUCGGCUACUACAAGAAGAGAUGUACCAAAGUCGAUGCUGAGGCCGUCGUCUUCUCCGUUGUUAAAAAGCAUUUCAAUGAAGAUAAAGAUACCGUUGCUGAUCUUAUUCGCUUGCAAUUCCAUGAUUGUUUCGUUAGGGGUUGUGAUGCAUCAAUUUUGCUUGAGGGUCAAGGGACCGAGAAAACUGCACCCCCAAACCUAAGUGUUCGUGGUUUUGAAAUCGUUGAAGAGGCAAAGGUUGCUCUUGAUAGACGAUGUCCUGGAAUUGUCUCAUGUGCUGACAUUAUUAUCCUGGCCGCUAGAGAUGCUACAUUCUUGGGUGGAGCAUCUUGGUACAAGGUAGAAACUGGAAGGAAAGACGGUCGUAUAUCAAAAGCGAGUGAAGCACUUCAAUUGCUUCCAAAGCCAAGCAUCCCAGUCCCCCAAGCUGUUAAAUUGUUUGCUCAACACGGCUUAAACACCGAGGACUUUGUAUACCUUCUAGGUUGUCACACUGUUGGAACUUCACACUGUGACAAUUUCCAAGACCGUCUAUACAACUUCCACAACACUGGGAAACCAGACCCAGCCAUGUCCGGUGGCUUGCUCAAAUCCCUAAAGAAGACUUGUCCACGUAACACCGUGUCUAACAACGAGACAUUCCUUGAUCAAACUAAGGGAAGCGAAUUCGUUAUGGACAAUGGUUUCUUCAAGAAAAUAAUGAAAGGUGAAGGUAUUCUAGAAGUUGAUCAGCAAUUAGCUAUUCAUCCUUUGACUAAGGACAUUGUUAGAAGAGCUGCUGAGGACAAUAGGGUAUUUACGACGAAAAUCGGUCCGGCUAUGCGCAAAUUGGCCUUGGUCGGAGUUAACACUAAUGGUGAGGUUAGACUUGGAACAUGCAAGAAGGUCCGCUAGAAAUAUUCGAUUAUUAAUUAACCACAUUUUUUUAACUUACAUUCAUUUGAUUGUACCUUGAUUAUUUCAUUGUAUUGCUUCAAUUAUUUUAAGGAAUUUUUGUUUGAAUUCGUUAUGUACUUGUUCAAGUGUUUUUUCACUGUUAUACUAAUGCAAUAUUGUUAAUAAGAUUACUAUAGUUAU